GAUUGAAUAUCGGCAUGCAAUCAAUAUUACGAUCAAAGGCGUCGAGCACAGCAGAAAUUAAUGAUAUCGGCGAGCUUAAGAUCGCCAAUCUCGCCUCUGGAUAUUCUACGACGAAUCAUCCUCGCGUUUCAAAAUCAGCUACUUAUGCAAGAAAGAGUACGCCUCCGUUAUUGCAUCAGAUUAACGAGGCAACUGGAAAAUCUGGCGAGUUGCGAUUGAAAGUUAGAUCAUUGACUGGUAGUACUGUAUAUUUGGUGCAUGUGUUUGCUGACGAAUCGGUGGCAAAAUUAUACGAAUUACUUGAUAAAGCUAUGCAAACAUCCGGACAUAGAGGAUAUAAAGUAGUUUUGAGCGGAUAUUCGCCGAAGAGGUUGGAACGUAUAAAUGCGUCUUUAAAAGAAAGCGGUAUCAGCAGAGAUUGCGUCCUUCAUCUUGUGAAUGAUUGAAUGUUUAUCAUGUCGUGAAAAUAGAGUUUCCUAUAUGUCCUGUUUGUUAAAAAAAGUAUGUAAGCAGAAAUGCUGUAAAUUUAAAGUCUUUGAUA